AUGAAGCGUCUAACAAUCGGAGUGGAGCUGGCUGCUCAACCGAGUAUCCUGUUUUUGGACGAACCUACGAGCGGUCUGGACGCUCACUCGGCCAAGGUCAUCAUGGACGGUGUGCGUAAGGUGGCAGACAGCGGCCGUACGAUCGUGUGUACCAUUCAUCAGCCGUCAUCCGAUGUGUUCUUCUUGUUCGACCACUUGAUCUUGCUCAAGCGUGGCGGCGAGUCGGUGUUCGUGGGUGAGUUGGGCACGCGAUGCCAGAAGCUGGUCAAAUAUCUGGAAUCGGUUCCUACUGUCAAGCCGUGUCCACCCAAGCAGAACCCUGCUCCGUGGAUGCUUGAAGUGAUCGGUGCCGGUGUGAGCAACGAACGCGCCCGUGACUUGGACUUCGUGGACAUUUUCUCGAAAAGUGAGGAGAAACGCCACUUGGACGACAUGCUACAGCAGCCUGGUAUCACGACGACUUCACCGGAGUGGCCGGAGGUGACGUUCAUGAAGAAGCGCGCUUCCAAGGGCUCCACUCAAAUGUACUUUUUGAUGAAGCGAUUUCUCAACCUGUACUGGCGUAGUCCGGCGUUCAACCUGACCCUGUGGAUUACACGACGUACAGCGGUCUGGUCGGUGGUGUAG